AGCUCCGGUCAAGUCAGCGGUUCUCUGAUCUCGCGCACGGACUGAUCUACAGAAAGAGAGGGAAAGUUUAGUUAAGACAGAACACUCUUUUAGAUCAGACAACAGUAUGGAAUCAGCAGGGUUUCGUUUUGUUUAAUUAUAGAUUUGGAAAAGCAGCAAAGAGAAGGACUUUACGCACGCAUCUCACUGGAGAACCGCAGUGUCUCUCUUAGCGCGAUGAUGCAGCUCUCGGACUUUAGGAAUUUUGCGCUUUGGAUUUCAUUCCUGACCGGUUUCACGAUGGCCAGUUACUCAGAAGACCAGUGCAGCUGGAGGGGAAGUGGUCUCUCUCAGGCGGUGAAGAACGUGGAGCAGGUUUGGUUGAGGUGUGUGGAGGGCUCAGUGGAGUGGCUGUACCCCGCUGGAGCACUGCGUCUCACUCUUUCACCCCGACUGCCGUGGAGUGCCAUGGGUCCCGGCGAUUCCAGCAGGAGCCCGGUGUCAGCCUGCAUCAAGCCGGAUCAGCACUGGGGCGGGGCUCAGCUCUACGUGGAGCGGGACGGAGUCCUGGAGCUUCUGGUGGGAGACGAGACCUCCGAGCCAUCUGGCCCGGCCCAUGUGCGCUGCUUCAGUGCCAUGCCUGGAGAACGACCGGCUCUCUUCCUGCAAGCGACGCCUCACCAGGACAUAAGCAGACGCAUCGCUGCAUUUCGCUACGAGCUGAGAGGCGAUUGGACAGCGCAGCCGUCAGUCAACACAGAUCCAAUCGGCAGCGAAGGAGCCUGCAGGCCGUGCAAUAACACUGAGAUCCUGAUGGCUGUGUGCACUAGUGACUUUGUGGUUCGAGGAAACAUCCGUUCAGUGGAUACAGACUCAAAUCUGAAAGCAGCAGUGAUCAAAGUGAGCGCGACGAGGGUUUAUCGGCAGAAGUUUGCGCUGUUCCCUGAAUCCGGGCGUCUGACGCGGUUAGGGGAGAUCCGGACGCCUCUGCAGUGUGGCGUUCGUCCCGGCGCUGGCAGCUUCCUGUUUACCGGCCGUGUGCACUUUGGGGAGGCGUGGCUCGGCUGCGCUCCACGCUAUAAAGACUUCCUGAAGGUGUACGAGCAGGCCAAACAAUCUCUGACGAUCCCCUGCACUCUGGUCAACGACUGACGGGGAAACAGGAUCAGAUGCGGGCGAAACUCAUGAUUCUGUCGCAGAAGAUGAUCUGAGAAACUCCUGAGCAAAUGAAAGAAAGUUAAGGAGAACAGAGACACUGGAGGAGGAAAUCUCAGCAGAGAUCACUGGAUCGAGAUGGAUAUCUGACGGAGGACAUUUGUGUGUCCAUGUCUGUCUAAUUCCACACAGAUUUGGGGUCCUAAACCGGGCCUCUUUUUUAAACUCAGGAAAUCAUGUCUUUGGACACUUUGAUAUGAACAUCAUAUCACUGAAAUAUCCAAAGUUGGUAAAUAAGCUGUGUGCAAUGCAUGUAGUGCAGUCGUCUUUUGCAGUAUUUGACGCCACAGAAAAACAUUGAUUUGUCAGCCUUUAUAGGAAAAGAAAAAUGUUUAAACACUCUAUAUUGAGAGUAUAUAUAUGU